AUGCUGGUUGUCUCCGGCUACAUUCAGAUAAUACUUUUUUUCUGCAUAUCGAGAAAGGUCAAAACUCUGACUAACUAUACUUUACUGCAACGAAAUCUACGCAUCCGGCGGUAUGCCAUAGAAGGAUCUUUUUGGGGAGUCGAAACUAUAACUUAUCGCAUAAGUCAACCUUCUACAAGUUUGUGUCUUACCGAUCAAAAACUAGUUUUUGACAAAGCUUUCAAGACUUGGGAAGAGCACACAAAACUGAAGUUCCACUAUGAAGAAAAUGGAAAAGUUCAUAUAGACAUAAUAUUUGCAAAACUAUCUCACGGUGAUGGAGAGCCGUUUGAUGGUCCAGGAAAAGUAUUGGCACAUGCAUAUUUUCCUCGUUAUGGUGGGAGCUUACAUUUCGAUGAUGACGAGCUUUGGAGUGUAGAUAAAUUAGGACCGGGCGUCGAUUUGUAUGCUGUAGCUGUUCAUGAAAUCGGUCAUGCACUGGGGUUGAAACACACUCACGAACCGAAAGCCAUAAUGGCUCCAUACUAUCAGACAUACGUCGGCGAAAAACUUCAUCUACAUCAAGAUGAUGUGUUAGCAACAAACAUGUUGUAUGGAAUGCCAGAAGCUGUCAGCAAAGAUAAAGUAAUUUUAAAAACUCUGCCAAAUAUUUGUAAAGUCAAUCGCAUCGAUGGGAUUACAAAAGUUUCCAAUGGAACAUUGUUUGUAUUCCAAGGGCAAUAUUUCUGGGAAUUGUCGCUUAGAGAUGGUGUAAAGCACGCUCAUCCUAAACUCAUAAAAGAUUUUUGGUCUAUCAGUGGACCGAUUGACGCGAUAGUUACUAACAAUGCAGGCAUCACAUACAUAUUCAAGGAAAACCUUUAUUACGUCUUGACUCCGACAGGGCUCAUACUGAAGGGCUAUCCUAAGCUCAUCGGGAAAGGCUUACAAGAUAUGCCCAAUAAAAUAGAUGCUGCGUUCAUAUGGCAUUAUGACAACCAGCCCUAUUUUGUGAAGAGGAAUAAGUACUGGAAAUAUUCUAGGUACGGGAUGCCCGGAACUUGGCCAAGAUCUAUUUCGACCAUAUUUCAUACGAAGGCCCCAUCAAGAAUAGACGCUGCUUUUCAACUGGAUCACCAAUCAACUUUUCUAUUCAGUGGAGAAUACUACUGGAAAUUGAAUGGUUACAGGGAAAUGAAAGUUGUCGAAGGAUACCCUCGAUUAAUUGCCAAGUUUUGGUUCAACUGUGAUGGAAAUAUUCAUCGAGAAAAAUGA